UAUCGCAGUGAUAAUUUUCUAAUGUAAAGCAGAAUACAAGUUACUGUUUAGCAAUACGUACGCUUUGCAAAAUCUUUGACGUAAAAAAUCUUCAAAAUCUAACUCUGUGUUGUUAAAACAGUGAUGAACCGGUGUAAGUUAUCAAAGAUCAAAGAAAAACACAAUUCGUUUGGUGCGUUUUACGCGGGAAUUUGUAUUAACGAAUUUCUCUUCAUUGGUAAAAUUAGUGUAUCAAAAACUCCCUAGAUGGAUCAGAUCUGGUUACUUUAGUGACGUCAUGUCACUAUCAGGCAAUGAGCAAUGUAGUGGGAGGAUGUAGUAGUGAAACAUACGACAGGUUUGUGCGCACCACCCCGUUAACUGCUUGUAACUGAAUGUCAAUUGAGUGGUCCAUUUAACUUGUCACUUAAAGCUUUUCAAGCGGUACCUCGCAGAUCCGGGGCGUUGGACUAAAAAUGGUACUUGUUUCGUGAAAUUCGCGGCAAUAUCGUUGCAUUUCAUUUCAUCAGUUUCGCGAACAGUGCGAUGAAAACAACGCUGACAUGAGUCAGUUGUUGCAGAAGCGUAAUUCCGAGCGGGAAUAAUGGUGCGUUAGAUACAGUGUUAAUCACUCGAGAAACCGUCUCAAAGAGCAAUGGAAGAUGAACAGCCAACGAGAGAUGCGAAUAAGCUUUGUGGUGUAUGUGGCGAUCGCGCGCUCGGUUAUAAUUUCAACGCAGUGUCGUGCGAAAGCUGCAAAGCUUUCUUCCGUCGGAAUGCUUUGAAAAAUAAGGAUUUUCGGUGUCCAUUUACUGAGAAUUGUAAUAUAACUCCUAUCACCAGACGUUUCUGUCAAAAAUGUCGUUUAGACAAAUGCUUCAGCAUAGGCAUGAGGAAAGAAUAUAUUAUGUCUGAAGAGGAUAAGGUACUAAAAAGACAAAAAAUACAACAGAAUCGUGCAAAAAAAAGACCAUCCUUAGAGGGUGCAAAAUCAUCAAAGAUUAAGAAGGGUUGCUUAGAUGAUUGUAACUUUGAUGACACUUCUAUGUCAGUUAAUUCAGUCGUAACAACUGCAUCAGACACAUAUUUUUGGGAAUCUGAUAGGAAGUAUACAGACUUAGAUGCUAAUAGGCAAAGUGUAACAGAGAGCUUGAGCCCUGUGACAGCAGCCAGUGUCCCUAGUCCUUCUAGUCCACCAGAAAAUGGAACUAUAAGAGGGUCAAAGACACUAGAUAUGAUGAAAGAAUCUUCUCAUAAUUCAAAUUCCAAUUUUGAAAGUUAUGCUCAUUCUUCUUCUUCUCACGAAGAGAGUGAAGGUGAUACAGAAAGAAUAAGAAUGGAUUCAAAUUCUACUUCACAAAAUCAGCAGAGGUUUGAUAAAGUUAAACCUUCUCAUAAUUUGGAAAAGGAUAAAAAGUCAGUAAUAAACUCAAGAAAAUUUGAUCAAAAUAUAUUAGACUUAAAUUCUGAGUUUGCCUCUACCAACCAUGAAUCUAUGAAAUAUUCUCCUGAAUUUGACAGUGCAUCUUGUUAUAGUAAAUUUGAUUGUAGCUCUAUGCAAAACUCCCACUAUAUUGAUCACACAUCACAUUAUAGGAAAACCAAUAUAGAUAUGAACCCAGGAAUGCAUUUGAGUAUACAAAUUGGUUCAGAAGAAGCAGUAACUAGCCAAAAACAAAAUAAAGAAAUGUAUAUGAAAGAAGAUAAUUUAGUUAGUAAUAAGGUCCCACAAGACUCCACUUUAAUUACAAAACUUGUUAAUAAUUCGAAUUUUAUUACGAAAAUAUUUCAAAAUGAAGAAUUACUUCUAAAAAUUAUGACAGAUCCUGCUGUUAUUAGUAAAUUAGAGGCAGAUCCCCAGAUUUCUCAAUUUUUUAAGAAAAACGGAAUCGUCUCAGAUAAAGAGACGUUAUCUGAGAAAGAAAUGAAUACUCAUUUCAAAGAUGAUGUAAAAUCUAAUCACAAUAAUUCCAGUCAUUUAUUGAAGUCAACAGCGAAAGUAAAAGAGAAACAAGUUGAAAAUCCAAUCUUAACCGAUUUAAUUACGAAUUCAAGUCAAGAGGAAUGUAUAAAGCAACGUGACGAAUCUAAUACCGGUGGUGAUUGGAACAGAAAUAUAUCGGACGUCACAAGGGAUGUACUUCAAGAUGUACAAAGAGUACCAAUUGCCGCGAAUUCCAUUGAAUCUAUUCUUUGUGAAGCAAUUAAAUUAGAGUUUUCAGCAUAUUCUGCGCUUGGUGGUAUGGAGACUAGAAGGGUAUUGAAUGAUGCUGAAAGAGCAAAGUUAAAUGAAUUAAUAGUAGCUAACAAAGCGUUAUUAGCUCCUUUAGACGAGGAUAUAACAAAUUUAAUAGGAGAGGACUGUAAAUUUAAGAAUAAUUUCGGUCGAUCUGAUCCGGCAUUAUUAGAUGUUGUAAAUCUUACUGCCAUUGCCAUUAGACGCCUAAUAAAGAUGGCGAAAAAGAUAAAUGCCUUCAAGAAUAUGUGUCAGGAGGAUCAAAUAGCUCUUUUAAAAGGAGGCUGUACAGAAAUGAUGAUUCUAAGAUCGGCACUUAAUUACGAUAUUGAGAAAGAUAUGUGGUGGAUACCACAUAGCCAAGAAAGUAUGUCCAAUAUAAAAGUGGAUGUACUGAAAGAAGCAAAAGGAAAUCUUUAUGCAGAACACUCAAGAUUUAUCAGAAGUUUCGAUCCGAGAUGGAGAGACGAGAAUAUUAUCUUAAUUUUAAGUGCAAUUGCUUUAUUUACACCUGAUAGGCCAAGAGUGGUGCAUAAUGAUGUAAUCAAAUUGGAGCAGAAUUCUUAUUAUUACUUGCUCAGACGCUACUUGGAAAGUGUGUAUCCUGGGUGUGAGGCUAAAUCUAUGUUUCUAAAAUUAAUUCAGAAGAUUUCAGACCUUCAUAGGUUAAAUAACGAAGUUGUUGGGGUAUAUCUUAAUUUAAAUCCAUCGAGGGUAGAACCUCUUCUUAUAGAGAUAUUUGAUUUAAAACAUUGAUUGGACGCGUUCAACAUAACGAAUAGAAAGUAAGUGUAAAACAUUUUCAAUUAGUAUUUCUUUGGGUAAUAAAAGUAAAAUAAUAUCGUUAUGGAUUUGUAUUAAUAGUCACAUGUUCGUAUAAAUGGUAAAUAGCAAUAAUAUCUCGGAUAUCGUGGAACGAAACAUUAUAAAUUAUACGAAAUCAGAAUUUGUUGUGAUUGGGAAUACAGACACACACAUAGAUACAAACAUGCAUACAUGUUAAUGUACAUAAAAUGUAAUAUUAAUAUGAAUGAUACUGUCGUCAAAAGUUCAUUCAUAUCAGAAUAACGUUAUAUAUACCAUAAUGCCUCUUAACAUCAAAACACUUUGCUUUAUGAACUUGAUAGUAACCAAUACUUGAAAAAUUGUAAAUUUUAGAAUUUCCGUAUUCAGCAUAGGCCAGUAAGAUAAACACAGCGAAUACGAGUAGACAAGAAAAUUAAGUUCUUGUAAUUUAAAUAAAACCAAAUAUACAAUGCAUUGGUAAAAUCUUUCGGAUUUAAAACGAGUUUAAAGACGCAUUCCAUCAAGCUAUUUCGAAUUGAACAGAAAUGAGAGAGAAAUCUAUAUUAAUAAAGUCUCUUAUAGUUGAUAUUAACGAGGCAUUAUUAUAGUUAAUUCCUGUUGGAAUAUAAAAGAAGAUUGUAAUUAAAAAGUCUUUGCUUGUAAAAUAUAGAUAUCAACAUUGACCGUUGAUAUGUUGAACUUCAUGAGAAGCAGAUUAUACUUUAGAAUGUAAAAGUAUUUCGACAUGUCGCAUCAUAUUGUCGAGAAUAAAUGCGUACACGUAGCACAUUAGUAUAAUAAAGAUUGUUGAAAACGUUAUGUAUAUUUUGACAAACGUACCUUAAAAUGUUAAAUCUAGAAAAAAAUAUUUGUUAUACUAAUACCAAGUUCUAUGUUCAUGUUUAACAAGUUGAUAGGUGUAAAAGAAAAAAAAUAUUUGUUUAUUUCAAGAUAAAUUAAAAAUUACAUAAUGAUAAACAUGAAUUCAGUGCUUGGUGCGAAAAUACGUGAAAGUCGAUCCAAGCAAGUGAAUGCAAGAUAUGACCUGCGUAAUGCGCUUUCACGUUACGAAUAUUAA